GACAAGUAUAAAUACAAGGGUUAAACCAGCAGGCAGAGUGUAUCAGUCACCGGUUGGAAACAGCUCAGACAACCAAAAACCGCCAAGAUGAUGAGCAGGAUCGUUUUCUACGAGGACAGGAACUUCAUGGGACGUUCCUGGGAAUGUACCAGCGACUGUCCCGAUAUGUCCUCCUACAUGAACCGCUGCCACUCCUGCAGGGUGAUGAGCGGCUGCUGGAUGGUCUACGACCAGCCCAACUACAUGGGACAUCAGUAUUUCUUCAGAAGAGGAGAGUAUGCUGACUAUAUGAGCAUGUGGGGAUCCAGCAACUGGAUCAGGUCUUGCCGUAUGAUCCCUUGGCACAGCGGAUCCUACAGAGUGAGGGCCUACGAGAGGGAUAACUACAUGGGCCAGAUGAUGGAGAUGAGCGACGACUGCGACAACUUCAUGUACCGCUACAACUGGUCCCACGGAUGCCAGUCCUGCCACGUGAUGGACGGCCACUGGCUCAUGUAUGAACAUGCCAACUACAUGGGCAGGAUGUGGUACUUCGGACCCGGACACUACAGGAACUUCAGCAACUAUGGCAACAUGAGGUUCAUGAGUAUGAGGCGCGUCAUGAGCGACUGGUACUGAAAUGUGAAUUACAAUUGCCAUAAUUGCCAAAAACCAUGGAAAACAUCUUUUUUUUUUAAAUAAAUUGUUCUGUAAAUUACAA